AUGCCUGCACCAGACCCCGCAAGAAGAGAUGUCCUUAUCAGCAAAUCACUCUCGUACUUGCUGCGGCAUGGCGCGUUGAAGGAACAGCUGCCCAUUGACUCAGACGGAUACGUGCCUGUCAGCGCAGUGCUGGCGCACAACCGCCUCAAGUCACAUCGGUGUUCGUUCUCGGACCUCCAACGCAUCGUCGAAAACAACGAGAAGAAGCGCUUUCACAUGCGUCCAGGGCCGGACGGCCAGGAAUAUAUAUGUGCGACCCAGGGCCACACCAUUGAGCAGGUGCUUCCCUCUGCGGACGUCCUGACCCAGUUGAUCGAUCCCGGUGAGCUCCCUGCGCAGCUCAUCCACGGGACUAAUCUGCGCAACGCCGUGCUUAUUCUCGACUCCGGGUGCAUCAAGCGAAUGCAGCGGAAUCAUGUCCACCUGUCGCAUGGCGUUACUGGCAAGGACUGCGUGAUCAGCGGUAUGCGGCUUAGUAGCACAGUGCACAUAUACUUGAACACAGAGGGCAUCCUGGAUCAUUUGCGAUUAUACAAGUCUCGAAAUGACGUCUACCUCACACCCUCGGAUAUUCCAGUGUCUAUGUUCAAGAAGGUGGUGGUUCGAACAAGCAGAAACACCAAAGCUGACGAUGUUACGACGCUAACCCAGAGACUAGAGCAGCUAGAUGUGCCCUUCGAAAUCAGCGACUGA